AUGGAUCGGAAAGUGUUUGAUAUUCAACCCAUUGGCCGCUUCUACGGAGCCAGUGCCGCAAUUCGACGUCCUAAGGAAAUCGCAUGUUUUUCCUAUGACGAUAAUCAUGAGUUCCAUCUGGGAGAGUCCUCCUUGAAAUACUACUACACACCGCAUCUCCCUGCAGAUCUGAACCGGGGGUUCGAAUCCUUCCAGAAGCUAGAUGAUUCCGCCGACGAGCAUCUCGAUGCGUUGCUCGAUACCAUCAUAGCUCUAGAACAGGAUACGGGAAACAAAUGCGAAGCUGAUAUCAUCACUUGGAGAGGAAUGAUGACCAAGAUACUGACGGCUCCCUUUGACAAUAUGAACGGGUUUGAGAUGAACGCGACCUUGUACCAAGUAACUAGCUUCAUUGAAGAGAACAACAGCUACAAAAAUGAGCAGAAGCGGAUCCAGAAGAAUCAGAGAAUGCCCCCUGGUAUGGCUUCUCAAGAGCUAAUGGCAUACUGGGGCUACAAAUUUGAAACAAUAUCGUUACUCAACCAACCAUGGGAUCCAACUCCUCGUCAGGAGAUUGAAGGUCGAGAAGAGCUUGUUGUGAACAACAAGGCCCAGUAUUGCUCCAUGGUGCGGACUGCGAUAGGUCGCACCAAACUUGUCAUUGGGGGCGAAGUGGAUGCUAUAUGGGACCGCAAACCGGACCGGAAGGAGGACCCGAUCAACUGGGUAGAACUGAAAACCUCGGCCGAGAUCAGGAAUGACCGGGACAUGGUCAAAUACGAGAGGAAGCUUCUCAAGUUCUGGGCUCAAUCAUUCCUUCUUGGCGUGCCUCGAAUUAUCGUCGGGUUUCGAGACCAGCAAGGAAUUGUCCACCGUCUUGAGGAAUUGGACACCGCCAGCAUACCAGGCAAGGUCAAGAAGGUGGGACGAGCGACCUGGGACGGAAAUAUAUGCAUCAAUUUCACUGCUGAAUUUCUGCAAUGGCUUAAAUCCACCAUUCAGGAGGAAGGGACGUGGAGGAUAGUCAAACGUGAGAGAUCCUCAGUCAUCGAGGUCUUCAAAGUGGAGGAUAGUGGGACUGGCGACAUCAUCUCUCCGGCCUUUUCAGCUUGGAGGACCACAAUAUGAGAAACUCAGGCUCGUUAAAGCCUGGUUAUUUAUAGCGAAUUGUUCAGAGGCUUGAUGAACGAGAAGCCGGAAUUAUGAACGGUCGCCAUUGGCUCUCAUCUGAUGUCGAUUCUUGGUCCAAAAAUUCGCAUUGCGAGAUAUGUGCAUCCCCCAGUGACAAAUGUCUUUGGCACAAGAAGGCGCCUGCGCACUUAUGUUCUUGGUCAGAGGGCUGACGGGAUCAAUUCCGUGGUGAAUUGUAGUCCGCCGCGGCUUACCCGAUGUCCUACAUUCGAAGACCCACAUAUGUCCCAGCUAGAUCUGAUCGAAUGUCAAGCAUCGGAAAGCGUGUAUGUCUCCUGUGGCUAACCUUCUUUCACUCUGAAUCCUCGGGAUGAGAAGUGUCUGUCCUUAGAAUAUCUAGUCUGGUG